UUUUACCUCUUAACUAAAUUUCAAUUCAUUGUUGAUUUGAUUUGUUUUCCAGGGCAUAUUUUAUGCAACUACUGCCUUGCUAGUUGUUGUGGUGCUCUGAAGAACUUCAGUGUGUGUUUUCAAGUAAAUGAGGACCCUUGAAGUGGGUUCCUGACUGUGAAUUAGGUUAACUUUGUGCAGUGGUUGAGUAAAAGCAUAAUGAGUUCUCGGCAUCGCGACAGGAGCCGUUCCCGAUCUCGUGAUCGCGAGCGGCACAAGGAGCGCGACCGGGAGAAGGGUCGAGACCGGGAUCGGGACCGAGAGCGUGACAGGGAUAAAGAUCGAGACCGUGACCGCGAUAGAGACCGCGGGCGGGACCGGGACAGGGACCGCCACCGCUCUAAGAGAGACAAGGAGGACCGAGGCCGUAGCCGUGACAGGCACAAGGAAAAACGCCGUAGUCGGAGCCGGAGUCAUAGUCGUGGACGGAAGUCCAAAGAUAGGGAUGGAACCAUAGCCCUCCUGGACCAGAUGGUGGGCACCACCACGAAGGCCACAGCACGGGCAGUGGCCGGCAAUGGAGUGGCCAACCCUGCAGCGCACGCCGCCAUCCUUGCUGCAGCAGCUGUUGCCCAGACAUUCGUGGCGCAGCGCCGCAUGGCGGCCCCGGUGCAGCCGGCGGCGGCCGCGGCGGCGGCUCUGUCGGCCGCCACCGCUAUCCCGCCACCCACCUCCGUGCAGCAGAAGCUCGAGCAGCUGCAGGCGCGCUCCGAGGGCAGAUACAGGGACAAGUCCCAACCCCCGCAGGACUACCACCCUGAUGAUGACACGGACGACGGCCAGGGUCCGCCGGGCGAGACGGCGGCGGAGCGGCGCGCGCGGCGGCGGCGCACGCGCUGGACGGGCGGCGCGCACGACAAGACCUUCAUCCCCGGCCUGCCCACCGCGCUGCCCUCCACGCUCACCCCGCAGCAGGAGGAGCAGUAUCUACUGCAGCUGCAGAUCGAGGAGGUGUCGCGCAAGCUGCGCUCGGGCGACCUGGGCAUCCCGGCCAACAUCGACGAGAGGUCGCCAUCCCCCGAGCCGAUCUACUCGACGGACGGCAAGCGGCUGAACACCCGCGAGUACCGCACCAGGCGCAAGCUGGAGGAGGAGCGCCACCGGCUCGUCACCAGGAUGCAGACCAUCAACCCGGACUUCAAGCCCCCUCCGGACUACAAGCCACCAAUAAUCCGCGUGCACGACAAAGUGAUGAUCCCUCAAGAGCAGCACCCCGACAUCAACUUCGUGGGGCUCCUGAUCGGGCCGCGAGGCAACACGCUCAAGGCCAUGGAGAAAGAGACCGGCGCCAAAAUCAUCAUCAGGGGCAAGGGAUCAGUCAAGGAGGGCAAGGUCGGUCGCAAAGAUGGGCAGCCGCUGCCGGGCGAAGACGAGCCUCUUCACGCGUACAUCACGGCUGCCAGCGCCGAGUGCGUCAAGAAGGCUCUUGAUAAGAUCAAGGAGGUUAUUCGACAGGGCGUUGAGGUUCCAGAAGGGCAGAACGACCUGCGGCGCAUGCAGUUGCGCGAGCUCGCGCAACUGAACGGCACGCUGCGCGAGUCCGACGCGCCGCGCUGCGCCAACUGCUCCGCGCUCGACCACAAGACCUGGCUCUGCCCUGACAAGCCCAACGUCACGUCGGCCGUCGUGUGCUCCGCCUGCGGAGGCGCCGGGCACAUAGCGAGGGACUGUCGCGCCAGGCGGCCCGGACAUACACCCACCUCCAUGCCUAACAAGGCUAAGAUCGACGAAGAGUACAUGUCUCUAAUGGCGGAGUUGGGCGAGGCGCCGCCGCCCGGCAGCAACCACAGCGGCGGGGGAGGGGGAGGCGGAGGGGGAGGGGGCAACAACGCGCGCCGGUUCGGCGGCGGCCUGUUCCAGCAGGCGCCGCCCGCGCGAGCGCUCUGCGCUCCACCGCCGCAAGGCAACAUCCCGCCGUCGCUGCCGCCGCCGCCGACCGCGUACCCGCCGCCGCCGCCGCCGCCGCACGCUGCGCCGUGGCUCGGCGUGGCCAACAACCAGCCGCCGCCGCCGGGCCUGCCGCCCGCCUUCCCGCCGCCGCCGCCGCCGCAGCACCACCAGGGUGACAAGAUGGGCCCCGGCCCCAUGCAACACAUGGCGCCGCCGCCGCCACCGCCUGGUAUGAUGGGCAUCCCCCCGCCGGGCAUGGGCGGGCCGCCGCCGGGCGCGGGGGGGUGGCGCGGCGUGGGGGUGGGGGUGGGGGGGUACAACCCGCCGCCGUGGGGCGCGCCGCCGCCGCCCUUCCUCGCGCCGCCGCCGCCGCCGCCGCCCGCCAACCACGAUUAAUGUCGUCACAUCACUACACCACCGUGAUGUCGUCUUGCCAACUUACAAAUUCGGUUGCACUAAACUGUCUGUCUCCGUUAAAACGAUUGAUAAAUUGCACUAUAUAAAAAGAGUUCACAGCUAAGUGACGUUGAUCAAGUGACGUCGGUCGGUUGUAAGUGGUGCUAUUAGCCCUAAAUCUAGCAACUAUUGAAGAUGCGUCUCCAAUUUACAAGUUGGAAAUAAAAGACAUGUUAUGCGAGCAAUACACUCGCCAUUUGAUAUAUCGGGACGCCUAAUGACUCAAAAGUAUCUGAACACGGCUCUAUUGUAAGUAUCCUCUGCCUUGGUUAGCAACUAAAAUAAUUCAGCCCCGAUACCCCGCAAGCACUAAAAUACACAAGUGCACUGCACUUUCAUUACAAUAGAUAUAACAGUAUUUCAAAUCCCAAACUUAACAAGGAAUUCCAUAUUAAAAAUCGAAACGUAACGAGCUAUUCAAACUGCUUAAUCGCAAUAAAUAAAUUAAAUAAAUGCUAUGUACAAAGUUGAAGCAAUACGGCCCGUCCAGUGUAGUACGCCGCUAGACCCACCUUUAGGGAUAUAAGUCUAAGUUCACUCGCAUAGUUACUUUUCGAUAGGAAUUAUGUUUAUUAACAUAUUGAACCUAGAUUCUAUGUUUUAAUAUUAUAAUUUGUCCAUAUAUUGCAACUACGAAAAAAAAAUUAUAAUUAGACUAGCGAGCGAAUUGUGGUCCCGAUUACAGUGAUUGCAUGAUAAUAAGUUUUUCAUUCAAUCGCGCAGUAUAAAAAUAAACUUCACUGAUCAUGAUAACCGCAUCCAUCAUACGUUUGCUGUAAAUAGAUACAGACUGAAAAAAAAUGUUGGGUGAUGUCGCCUUGUUUGACCCUCGGGACGCCAGGAAGGCCUAUAGACGUGUAGUCGUGCCCUCAGCGUCGUUCAAAUGUUUAUGACGUGUGGCGUUCAGAGGGUUAAGAAUGUUAGUUGGACUCGAGUAAUCAUUUUGCCGAUAUACUUGCUAAAAUGAGAUGAGAAAACCAUUGAAGAGUCCGUCUAAGUUAAUUGCUUGGAAGUGACAAAGUGUGGAAAUGCCUCUAUAAAUGUAGUGGCACUCCGAUACUGUUGUCAUUGUCACUGCAGUAUUUGUGCAGUUAGCUUGGUACACCUCUGUGUAGAAUGUAUAUGUAAUCGAUACAUUGCCGGAUAAGUGGCGCUAAGAUUCGAAGAUUUAGUAAUAAUGUAUAAUACCCAUUGAUUUGACACGUUCUAUCACAACUAUGAAAUGAUAUGACAAAUAAGUAUGUAUAAAAUUGGUAUAUUAAUAAAUAGAUAUGAUAAAUAAA